UCUCUCCUGUGGUUGAUGAACCAGCAGCAGUACGCGGAAGCAACGACAGCAACAGGAACAGUUGGAGUCGAAGACAUCCGACAUGCUCUUCUACAAGGUGUUGGGCCUGCUAACUUGGCAAAGCCUGACGGCAUGUAGCGCCUUCCAUAUACAUCUACCAUCGUCGCCCCGCGACACGCUGUUUUCCACCGCAACGCCGACGCAGCUGUCGAUGAGCACCAUCACCCCGCCAGGCCCGAGUACCGCUGCCUUGCCUGUUUUCACCGCGAGGACAGGAGAGGUUUUCGACUGGAACAAGCAGUGGUAUCCGCUGCUGGCGGCCGACCAUGUGGACCCAGGGAGGGCCCACCCUGUUCAGCUACUGGGCAAGAACCUGGUGGUGUGGCGGAACAAGGAGGGUCGCUGGUCGUGCUUCGAUGACCGCUGCCCUCACAGAGCGGCACCACUCACGGAGGGAAGGAUAGAGGACGACGGCUCUCUCCUCUGUGCGUACCACGCGUGGCGUUUCGACGCCGACGGCAAGUGCCUAAGCAUCCCUCAGAGCGACAGAGGAGGCAAGGACGAGGCUAACCCCAAGGCGUGCGCCAAGGUCUACCCCACACAGGUCGCUCAAGGCAUUAUCUGGGUGUGGGCCGAGAACGGGCCGGAUGCGGGUUUAGAGAGCGCCCUCACCCCGCCCCACCUCAUCCCCGAGCUGGAUGAUGAAGAGGGACUAGCGUCUGGCAGGGUUGUCCCACAGGGGGUCCAGCACACUGACCUGGCCUACGGGUGGGACACCAUGAUAGAGAACUUCGUGGAUCCAGCGCAUGUGCCGUCUGCCCACCAUGGGGUCGCUGGAGAUCGCUACAAGGACGUUCGGCCGAUAGACCUCGAGCCCGACGAGGAAUGGCCCGUCACGGCUACGAGCGGUUUUCGAUUCAAGUUUGAUGACGAAGUUGCGGGCACCCACAACAAGAUCACCUUCGUGCCGCCUUGCCUGGUUCUGGUGGAGAAUGCGGAUAAUUCCGGGACUCUGAAGCUGAUGCUGUACGGGAUUCCUACCAAGCCCGGGUGGUCUCGUCUGGUGGGCCGCCAGGCGUACGUGCACAAGUAUGCUCCCAAGUCUAAGGAGGCAAAGGCGCUCCACAAGAAGAACAAGCGGCUUGGCAAGAAGACAUCAGGGUUGUUGGUCGCCGCCAGGAUCACGUCCAAGUUUCCCCAAUGGCUCAUACACGCCACGUCCGGCCUGUUCUUGUACCAAGAUAUGGUGUUCCUUCAUCACCAGGAAAAGACACUGGCUUCGGUGGGGUACGAUGGUACCAGAAGUUCGAGCUAUGGCCGUGCUGUGUACACCCCAGCUCCCGCUGAUCGAGCCGUCAUGGCCGUGAGGAAGUGGAUCGCCACGCAUGGCUCCGGCGGGCCCGCGUGGGAUAAAGACUGCGACCCGACCCUUCCGGAACGUGAACAAAAUCGCGAAGUCCUGUUCGACUACUAUGAGGGCCACACGAAAACGUGCAGCACCUGCCUGCGUGCGUUGAAGAACGUCAACAGGUUGUUGGCAGCAAGCAAGACGGCUACCGUAGUCUUCUUCACCUGGGGGCUGCUACGAGGGGCGCGCGCUGUGAGCACGCCGGCGGCCGUCGGUUCGCGGUCUGCCGGUGUCAUCAAUGCCGUGACGGCUAGGGCCAUGCUUCCAGCGGUGGCUCUGAUGCUCGCAAGCCUGGGGGCUGUCAAGGCACUGGAGAAAUUUCGCAGCCUGUACUACACUUACUCCUUCCACCACCAAGACAAUCCUUGAGGUGAAAGCGACACCACGUCGCUCGGCCGGGAAGACGUGCGCCUAGCUGCACCCGCAUCGUCUUUUUGCCAGCUUCAGCACAGCCUUGGGCCAGCGUUGAAUUUGUUUCGAUAUGAUAUGCUCUAUCUGGAUACCAAAGGACGUGGUAGGUAGAGUAACAACGAAAUCACAUGUAAUCACAUGGGAAGAGAUGGAGAGAGUGAAGGAGGUAAAUAGCAAUCAGCCGGUACGAUUUUGUCUGAGCCAGCGAUCGUGGGGCAUGUGAAUCGUCGUGCCUUGUCAGCUUUGCUUCUACAAAAGUAUAGGGCGACGGUGUAAUGGAGCAACAAAGUGCAGAGCGUUGCAUCAGCGUUAGAUGAGCGUUGUAUGAGCGCUUCUUGGAUAGAAGCAUUUUGAUUUUUCGUUGGAUAUGGGUAGAUCUAUCUGUCGUCGUUGAGGGGUAUUGAAGUAGCUCAAAGGAGAAUCAAAAUCCCAGCCCCGCUCCCUCACUCUUUGAGUGGGCACCGAGAGGACCUGGUCUAAGGAGGCAAAAACAAGAGAUCGAAUAACAACUGGGAGUAUCCGAAGCUGGGAGCAACGGACCUGCUUUCCUUUGUUUUUCUCUGUUCCUCCAUAACAUGGUGGCGUCGUCGGCAGUUCUGCUGCAGUUGCCCCUGCUGCUUCUGCGGCUGCGGCUUCAGCUGCAGGGCUUCAGCUGCGGUGGGCUCCUGCUGCUGCGCUGUUGUUGCGGCUUCUGCUGCAGUGGCCCCAGCUGCUCAUCAUGCUUCAGUAGCCUCUGCUGCUGCUGCGGCUGCGGCUCCUACUGCCGUUGCCCCUGCUCCUGCGGCUGCCGCUCCGGAUAUUGCUGUUUCUACCGCCGCCGCUGCUGCUGCUGCUGCGAUGCCUGCCGCGUCUGCGGUGACCGCUGCUUCGAACGCCGUUGACGCCGAGGUUGCCUCGGUUGCUGCAGCUGAUGGUGCGGUUGCUGCUUAUUCGGCAACUGCCGUGACUAACGUGAGGCCCACUGAGGAGGGACGUCUUGCGACAAAAAGUCGCAGGAGUGCUUGAAGCGAGUGCAUAUCCAACAGUGACAGAUUGACCACUUAAAAGAGGCCGAGAAGGCACCGUAGGAACCACUCACGUCGUCCAGCUCGUCCCCCUCCUGCGAGGCUUCGUCUGGCUCGUCCUGCUCCUCAUCGUCUUCCGACUCAGGUAGUCAUCGUGACGAUUUUAAUUUAAGAUCGAUAGGCUCUUAGGUUUUGACUUCUACGCUCUAAUUAAGUUCAUCGACGCGGGUACGUUUAAAUUGGAGGAGUGUCUGCCUCCAGUUUGCCAUCGACGUCUCCUCCGAUCUCAAGCUGGCGCAGAAAGAACACGUGGGGAGACUGGCGACCGACAUUCUGCCAUCCAAGCUGCGUAGGCUGCUUGAGCGGCUUGUGGUCGCACUGCGUGAUAUGCAGGAGGGGGACCAAUUCACGCAUGUAGACAUUGCUGGACGUCCGGGGUCUGGUUCGGGGGGGUCGCCGCUCUCAGGCGGGGGCCUUCCAACAUUCGGGUGCUUCUGGGUGGGGCUCCACUUCUGCGCCCACCGGGUGCCUCCACUCCUCUCGCGCCCACGACCGUUCCCAGACACAGAACUACCACUCGCAGGAUGCUGGCCGUUCGACGGGAUACGACUCUCGCAGUCGCAUGGGCUGUCACAGGGAUGCCGGUCGAGGGAAGAGUGUUCAGUAUGGUAUAG